CCACUCGACGCUGACCUCGUUGCUACUUACAGAGUUCAAUUUGAAGGCUGCUUUGUCCAAUCUGUGUGCUACGGAUUCUCGUAUUUUAGUGUUACGCCUGGUUAGAUACCAUCUCUCUUCACCCCGCACUAGAGAUAUUCUCUUGCGUUUUGCGAAGAGCAGUAAUCAAAUUCUAGGAAAACUUAUUGUUAAACCACUAUCGUAUACGCCCAAACUACAUUGCAAGCUAGGCGCCUCUUGUGUAGUGUACCAGAGAUACCAAUUUAAUAUGACUUCCACCCAGGAAAAGCAGUCUAGAAAUACCUGGACUCCUUCAUCUUGGACUACGAAGCCUAUAAAGCAGGAAGUUACAUAUGAAGAUCAAGAAGGCCUAAAAGAUGCCUUGAUUAAGCUUCAGCAUCUACCUCCAUUGGUGACCCCCCAGGAGAUUGUUAACUUGAAGAAUUGCCUGAAAAAUGUAGCACUUGGGAGAGCGUUUGUCCUCCAGGGGGGUGACUGCGCGGAACUCUUUGAUUACUGCAACCAAGAAUCCAUCGAGUCGAAGAUCAAAUUGAUAUUACAGAUGAGCUUAAUUUUGAUUUGGGGAGCGAAUAAGCCAGUAAUCAGAAUUGCUCGGAUCGCCGGUCAGUUUGCCAAGCCUCGAUCAAGUACCACGGAAACAAUCAACGGUGUGACGAUGCCGUCUUUCCGUGGUGACAACAUCAAUGGCUUUCAGCCGGACCCCAUUUCUCGGAAACCUGAUCCAUCCCGUCUCGUAUCUGCGUACUUCCAUUCCGCUGCAACUUUAAAUUAUCUUAGAGCAGCCCUUGCCUCCGGUUUAGCUGACCUACACUCUCCAUUGGAUUGGGGGCUCGGUCACGUAAUCGCGCCAUCGAUAAAAGAAAAAUAUGAACAGAUCGUAUCCAGAGUGACAGACUCCCUACGUUUCAUGAGAACGGCAGGCCUCGACACAGACCGCGGAAUCGAAACUGUGGACAUCUAUACCAGCCAUGAAGGCCUGAUGCUUGACUAUGAACAAAGCCUCGCCAGACUCUGCCGUGACCCCCCCGAGGCGGUACCGAAAUCCAACCAGUCUACCUCCACUGCCCACCCACCAAGUAGCCACUAUGCCACCUCCGCCCAUUUCCUCUGGAUAGGCGACCGCACACGCCAACUUGGAGGCGCACAUGUAGAAUUCUUCCGCGGCAUCGCCAACCCCAUUGGCAUAAAAAUCGGCCCGACGAUGGAUCCAGAUGAACUCAUCGACCUUCUCAACACCGUCAACCCAGACAAGGAAAUUGGCAAAGUAACGCUCAUCUCACGGUACGGUGCCUCGAAAAUCGCCAGUUUCCUUCCUCAGCACAUCAAGGCAGUUCAAUCCUCUGGCCACACUCCUGUCUGGCAAUGCGAUCCCAUGCACGGCAACACACUCACCACGCCAUCGGGUCUCAAGACUCGCCAGUUCAAAGAUAUCUUGUCUGAGCUGCGGCAGGCGCUGGAAAUCCAUCGCGCGCAGGGUUCUUUUCUGGGGGGCAUGCACCUGGAGCUGACUGGUGAAGCGGUGACGGAGUGCGUCGGUGGUGCGGCGGGGUUGACAGAGGAUGGCUUACGAGAACGCUAUACCACUUUCUGCGAUCCGAGACUAAAUGAGAAGCAGGCGCUGGAGUUGGCGUUUUUGGUUGCAGGCUUUUAUCGGGACCGGAUGGGGGAAGAGGGUGAAUUGAAUGAGAUGUGAUACGUUUGUAUCUUUGUCAGCGGUUUUCAGAAAACUUAGGGAAAAUGAUCAAUUUCUUUAGAUUUCAUUAGCUUGCUAUAGUUAUUCUGGAGGGAUUGGAUUCGUGAUUCAUCCCCAGUUGGCGCUGGUGAUAACUGAGCACUUUUGCGCCAGUAGCCUAAACACGUUUAUCAUGGGUUUGCACUGUUGUUUCCAGUUUUAAACCAGAUAUAGUUAAUUAACGGCCAGCUUGAAAUAAAUCUCUUUGAAGCCAUCAAG